AUGAGGACGCUCGUCGCCCUUGCAGCUCUAGCAUGUGUUUUAGUCGUUUCCACUGGCCGCGAAAUCGGCCAAAAAGAAACCGACCUGGUCGCAGCGGCCAGCCAUAAAAGCCAUCACCACGAAGAGGGAGGAGGCAAAGAGCAUCACGCUCACCAUCACCACGAGCACGGGGAAAAAGGUCACAAAGGCCACAAAGGACACCAUCAUCACCAUAAAGGUGAACACGGUGAUCAUCACAAACAUCAUCAUGAAGGCCAUCACCAUGAACAUGGCGGCGGUCACAAAAAGCACUGGGAUGAGGACGACCACCACGGACACCAUCAUGAGCAUGGCCAUCAUCAUAAAGGAGGUAAACACCACCAUAAAAAACACCAUGAUAAAGGAGAAGAGACCGAGGGUUACCAUAAGAAGUAUCACAAAGAUGAGUACCACAAAGAUCACCACUUCUACGAUGAUCACCAUAAAGAAGGCAAGCAUCACAAACAUGGAGAUCACCAUGGACACCAUGAGAAACACGGUGGCGGCCACAAGAAGGGUGGUCACCAUCACUCCGGUCAUCAUGAACAUCACCAUGGUAAGAAAGGCCAUCACGAUAAGCAUCAUUACGAUGAAGAUCACAAGGGACACAAAGGACAUCACGGCCAUGAAGAACACCAUCACGGCCACCACGACCACGGCAAGAAAGGCGGUCACGAAGAUCACAAACACUGGGGAUUCCACCACGGCAAGCACUGA